AUGAAGAUAUUCGUUCUACUUUAUUUUUUUCUAAAAAUUGCUGAAACCAAAAAGCUGAAAGCUCUGGAUGUCGCCCGAAUUCUCAUCGAUCAAUAUUCCUUGGCACUUGAGACUAGAAAUCGCGAAUUGCUGGAGGAAUAUACAAGUGAGAAUUUUAAAUUGUUUGCUUGCGAGAGGGAAAAUAAUUAUUAUCUAACGAGAAAUCAGAUUUUUGAAAGUAUUUCUGAAAUUCCAAUGAAUUUGCUGAAAUUAAGAAGUUCGAUAAUUGUGAGUGAGGCGAAAUUCUUUAAAUUCGGAGCAAUGCAAAUUCGAACAAUUGUGGAUUUCAAAUACAAAGUGAAUUUCGAUGCAAAACUUCCGGCAAAAGGUGGAAAAUAUCAAUUAACUAUGGAAUAUGAUCGAGAUUGUCCCGAAGAAGUUCCUCUAACUUCAAUGUUUUUGGAUUAUUCGAAAAUGGCAGAAGUCCUUGGCAAAAAUCUGAUGAUUCAGUUUGUGGAGAGUGUGCAAGGGGUUCGGGAGAUUUUUAUUGAGCCUUAUGUUUUGCAAUUUUGUGAUUUUGAUGGCAGAUUUCAUGAGAUUAUUUUUGAAGAUUUCGCAAAUUCCAUUCCCGAUUUUAUUGAUCUUGAAAACAAAACCAAAACGUGGCUGACUGCUAUUCAAAACGCAUAUUUUGAAUCUGAUGGAACUCUAUGUUUCGAAGUUCAUGGUGGAGGAUUUAAUCAUUAUUAUGAGGCGGUUAUAAAAAAUGGGAAGUAUCGAAUCAAAUUGGAUAAGCAUCUACAAUGCCUCCCUUUUCAACCGAAAAGUUUGGAGUUUGAAGUUCUUCAACAUUCGGUUUUUAACUAA